AUGCCCUUGGCUCGGUUUCUGGUGUACGGGAUCGAGAAAACAAACAACGCUGGCGAGCUCGGCCUCCGCGGCAAUGGCGCCGCCGCACCGGAGAGGAGGAAGCAGGCCGACCCGCCGCCUGCGCCCCCUGCGCGAUCUCAACCGUUCGAUCGAGAUCCGACGCACCAGAACAGAAGAUACCCCUUCAGGGGCUUAUCUAGCACUGCAUCCACGGGCAUUGAAUCAAAUGAACCAACUGACCCAGCUUGGAAGUACUGCACAAUGCCAGAUGUGAACAAGAAAGGUUCUCUCCAGUGCACCUUCUGUAGCGGCAUCUAUCAUGGUGGAAUAACAAGAAUCAAGUACCACCUUGGUAAAGUUCCUAAAUCCAAUGUUGCAAAGUGUAAAAAAGUUCCAUCUGAUGUGCAACAAGAAAUCCUUGAAGUGCUGGCCAUAAAGUCAGAUAACAAGCAAAAGAAGGCUGAGGAGAAAGAAGAAGAUAGACCUAUAGUUGAUUUGAGUCAUUCUGAAGGAGAGGAACACAGUGAUGCAGAAGGAAAUUCAGUUAUUGUGGUGAAGAAGAUGAGUAGCAAAGUUCAUUCAGGUCCUAUUGAUAAAUUUUGUAGAAGAAAUAGUGGCUGCAAGGAAGGGCAAAGCAUCCCACACAAUGUGACGACACUUUCAAGCUUUGAGCUCAUGCUUAAGGCUAUUGGAGACUUUGGCAGGGGCUUGAGAGGCCCAACUCCAUAUGAGAUGAGUGGGAAAUUCUUGCAAAAAACGAAGAGGAAAGUGCAAGAAUUAGUAAAGGCUCACAAAGAGUCUUGGGAGCUACAUGGAUGCUCAGUUAUGACUGAUGCUUGGACAUAUAAGAGAGGUAGAGGUGUGAUGAACUUGGUAGUUCACAGUGCAUAUGGUGUUUAUUUUCUUGAUUCUGUGGAUUGCUCAGCUAUGAAGAAAGAUGGCAGAUACAUUUUUGAGUUGGUUGAUAAGUGUAUUGAGGAAAUAGGGGUGCAAAAUGUAGUUCAAGUUGUGACUGACAAUGCAAGACCAAAUGAGGCAGCGGCUAGUUUGUUGAGAGCAAAGCACCCCUCUAUUUUCUGGAAUGGUUGUGCAGCCCAUACCACUGAUUUAAUGUUGGAAGAUAUAGGAAAGAUACCUAGAGUUGCUGCAACAAUUAGCAAAGCAAAGUGCUUGACCGUUUUUCUUUAUGCCCAUACUAGAGUUUUGGACCUGAUGAGGAAGUACCUUUCUAGAGAUUUGGUGAGGUGUGGUGUUACAAGGUUUGCUACAGCUUAUCUCAACUUGAAAAGCAUGCUAGAAAACAAGAAGCAAUUGCAAAGGCUUUUUAGGGAGGAUGAGCUCCAUGAACUAGGCUACCUAAAGAGUGCCAAAGGGAAGAAAGCAGAGAAGGUUGCCAAAUCUGAAACUUUCUGGAGAGAUGUUGAGACUGCUGUUAUUUACUUUGAGCCAUUAGCUCAUGUCUUGAGGAGAAUGGACAGUGGUGUGCCAGCAAUGGGUUUCUUAUAUGGGUAUCUACAGGAGGCUAAGAAUGAGAUCUCUAAGAGGUUCAAUAAUGACAGCAGAAAGUUCGAGGAAGUUUUUCAGUUCAUUGACAAGAGGUGGGACAAUAUAGAGACUCAUGACAAGAUUAUUGAAGAGCUUCAAAAGUUCCAAGAUCCUGAAGGAUCCUUUGGCAAAGAAAUUGCUAAAAGGCAGUGCAAAAAUAUUCAUUUUAAUCCUGCUAAGUGGUGGCUGAAUCAUGGAAGUAGUGCACCAACCCUCAGAAAGCUAGCUGCUAGAAUUCUCAGUUUGACCUGCAGUUCAUCAGCUUGUGAGAGAUGUUGGAGUUCAUUUGAACAAAAGGACAACAAGGAUAGAGAUCCACUUGAGAAACCUGUUAGUGAUGUCUUAGAAGAUGAAGACAAUGAGUGGAUCACUGGUGUUGAGCAAACAGAAAUGGAAGAGGAUGAGGAAGGAGGAAUUGGAGGUACCUCACAAGAGGUUGUAGCUGCACCACCACCAGGGAAGAGAGGUAACCAGAGCAGGAAGAGAAAGAGACUGAUUCCUACUGGUGAUGAUGAGUUAUCUGCUUCAUCUUCUGAUGGAGAAAAUGACACUAUGAUGCAUUCUGAUUCCAUUUCUGUUUCUGAUGAAGAGAUGCAGUAA